AUGCUACUAAAAUUAUCUCUCCCUGGCUUAAAACUUGUGAAACUGAGUGAGAGAUUUAAGAGUUCUGCUGUUAAAAAAGGAGAAAAUUUCUUUUUUCGACAGUUAUUUGAUACAGUUAGCAGUACUUACACAUAUAUAUUAGGUGACAAACAGACAUGUGAGGCUGUGCUCAUUGAUCCAGUAUUAGAGCAUGCUGAAAGAGAUGCGACGUUAGUGAAGGAGUUAGGCUUUAAAUUGAUUUAUGCUAUGAAUACACACAUGCAUGCAGAUCAUAUAACAGGGACAGGCAAGUUAAAAAUACUCCUCCCUGGUACAAAGAGUGUUAUAGGAAAAGCAUCAGGUGCUCAAGCUGAUAUUUAUCUUCAUGAUGGAGAUCUCGUAAAAUUUGGAGACUAUCAACUGACAGCAGUUUCCACACCCGGGCAUACAAAUGGAUGUUUGACUUAUAUUUGUCAUCAACAAUGCAUGGCGUUCACAGGUGAUACACUCCUCAUACGUGGCUGCGGCAGAACAGACUUCCAAGAGGGCUCUUCCGAACGGCUCUACGAGUCUGUCCAUAGCAAAAUCUUUACGCUACCCGAUCAUUAUACUCUGUACCCAGCACACGAUUACAAAGGCCAGACGGCGACCACCGUGGGCGAGGAGAAGAAAUACAAUCCAAGACUGACGAAAACUUUGAAAGAGUUCGUUCAUAUAAUGGACACAUUAAAUUUGCCCUACCCUAAGAUGAUUGAGUCCAGGAACAUCAUCACCGCUGACACCACCACCGGAGGGACGGGACGAAACGGGAAUAUGGGACUGGAGCAAGUUCAGGGAGGGGAAAAUAAAGAGUUAUGUGCUGGACCUGAAGGGAUUGGGGGCGUUGCAGACGAUGGCUGCUACCGAGUCAGAUGGAGAGAUGGACGAACAAGAAGAUACUCCGUCGGAGGAGGCAGUUGCGAGAGACUUGGAGAUUACGAUGAAAGCCUGGGAAGAAGAGUACAUCAAGUCGGUACGUAUAUCCCAAGUAAUGAAAGUGAAACGUCAACAAUUUAUAACGGACCUUAUAAACUCAUCGCUUUCCAUCAAGGAGUCAGAAGACGGCGUUGGCACCUUAUAUACGUCAGUCAUAAUAGACAGUGGGGAUUUAACUCUAGACUGGGGAGAAUUAUUCGAAACGGAACCUACAAAAAUACAAGCAUUAACUGUCUCGCUUGUAUACGCAAGUAUCUUUAUUCCGGCAAUGGUCGUCAAGUCGUACAGGACAUUCUCAGCGACGAACUUGUUGAAACUUGUCAAUGCGCCAGUCAUUCAUGUGGAAUGGACGGGAUCAAUAAAUGGACAAAAAAAAUGUACGAGGCUGAAUGUACCGAAGGGCGAAAUACAGUACCUGGAAAUGAAGGCGGCCCAUCUCAAGCGAAACAGUCAAGACUGGUGGAUGCAGUUGAUCAAACCAAUGACGAUAACGUACGAGAACGAGAUGGGAAUGUCGCUGAAAUACAACGGGAAGACCAGCAAAUUUUACAUGGAAGGCAAAAGCGUAAAUACAGCAUUGACUGUGGACAAAAUAGCAACUCUUACGAUAGAAAUUCAGAUAUUAUUUUACUUUUAUGCGAAAAUGGUGCUUUCACAGAAUCAGAAGCUAUGCAAGUGCUUACGAGAACGCCUCAAGGCAUUGAAUUUAUCUGUUCCAAGCAAUAUACUGAAAGGAUCAAAAACUACAUCCACAUCGCAAGAAUUUUGGUAUUUCAGGAAUCGGUAAAACAAAGAUUCGAGAGAGCAAAGGCGGCGUUUGAGAAGCAAUCUAUAUUUACAGACGAGUACCUCGAUAACACUUAUAGAAUAUUGACGGACAUCCUGAAAAUGAAUCACAUUGAAGCGGAAAAGUUUGCAACAGACACAAUAAAACACUUUGAGGGAAAAACGGGAAAGAAAAACAAUCUAUUCUUUUUCGGACCACCGUCGACGGGUAAGACAAUGCUUGCAACGUCGUUGGUAGAAAGUCAAUUCAAUUAUUGUAGACUUACAGGAUUGACACCGAAUUCAAGUUUCAACUUUAGUGGAUUACUUCAUACAAACGCGUGUUUUAUGGAUGAAUGCAAGCUGACGGAAAACCAGUUUGAACAAUGGAAACUGUUGGCAUCAGGAUUACCAAUGUCAACAGAUGUUAAAUAUAAGGAUAGAUGUGAUAUAGAAAAGUGUAUAUUGUAUACUUGUAGUAAUUAUCCAAUAGAUAUGUAUUGUAAAGUACCAAUGGCCAGAAAAGCAAUUGAAGAAAGAACGAUAACGUAUGAGUUUAAAGUGCAGUUGAAGGAAUACAUAAAGAUUCCACCGCAUGCAUGGGAAAAGUUAUGGAGUGUGUAUAAUCUGAGUCUGUAA